AUGGCUCUACUAUAUCAGCACGCCACCAACCUCAGCUUCAAUACAGCCCCCAUCGUCUUCAAGAAUGACGAUAACAAUGUUUCUGCCCUUGAAAAUGCGCGGCUGCAAAAGAAACGUAUGGAGGAAGCCGCUCGUCUCCAGAAGCAGCAACUGGAGGAGGCAGCUGUAAAGCUGCAGAAGCAGGUCGAGGACACGGAGGAAGUCAUCAAGGAGCGAGACCACCUGCGUAGCGAGAACAAACUCUACUUCCCGAACAACACGGUCGGGCUCGAUGUCCACGUUGGAAAUGCUCCUGGGAAACAAUGCUAUUGGUACAUUGGCCGAGCGUCAAGCAACCGCGUAGGCUCUUGGGUAAUCAAGAAUGCCGAAUGGGGCACGUGUAUUCAGAUGGGAAAUGGUGGUAAGGAAAACGCGCGACAUGUCUACUCAUACCCGGUCAGCGAUCAUGCAGAUGCAAAUUGGCUCAUGGUUCCCUUGUCCUUCAACUAG